UCCUCAUCCGCGCGUCGACAUAGGUCCCCGCGAAUUGCCAAGUAUAGUCAUUUUGUGCGGCAUUUACACCCACAAACUGACGCGUUGUGUUAUUUAAAUUAACUGCUGCAUUAAUACAAGGAUAACUGAAGCCUGCCGCGUUCGUUAUGUCCGUUUGAGUCGAGAUUGGACGUCGCUAAUGUUCCAGCGUCCAUGUCCCCCCGUAGGCUGUUCCGCGGAGUGAUAUCCACUUCAUUGCAACCGACAAUGUGGAGGCUGUUAAAAUGUCUACUUGGAAAAUGAAAUUGUUACAUUUUCUCUCACAAUAAGGAAACAGUGCGGCUUCAGCGUUAUGGUUAAAAACGUGUUUUCAGUUUCGUGACGAAAACAAGCAGACGAGGUGACGGAGGAGCGGUUCAUAUUGUCUUUCCUCAUUUUCAUCGAGCCCGCAGUCCGGACCACGGGGGGAAGGAUCCUAUCCCCAACUUUGUUUUUCUCUCUACUGCAGCCGUCGAUUUCUCGCCGUUGGAUGCCAUAGAAUUGAAUCCAGAUCUAGUAACGCUGCUCAACACGGGAAUUAUGGCAAAACGCUUCAAUAAUAACGUGGCCCCUGUGCAUGGAGCAGUCGCUUGCUGAGACUGAAAGCGCCAAGUUAACAGCAGCAGAGAAUGGCUGCAGUGGAAACCGACAAGGAGCUCAACGACUUGCUGGAUUUUAGCGCGAUGUUUGAGCCUCCAGUUACAAACGGCAAAAACCGUCCAACUACUCUUGCAAGCAGUCAGUUUGGAGGAACAGGUAUGGAUGACAGGAGUGGGUCCGGUCCCUGGGGGCCAGGAGAACAGAACAGUCCAGCUUUCAACCAGGGAAGGGGUUAUGCAGAACAAGGCCUUUACAGUGAGCAAGAGGGCAUUGCCUCUGCCCCCAUGUAUGGAUCGGGGAUUGUUGGGAAGGCUGAGCGAGGACCAUACUCGUCAUUUGCUGCACAGCCGGGCUUUAUGCCCAAUGAGAUGCCCAUGCCCAGUCCUGAUGCCCUCUCCCCCUCUGGCCUGAAGACCAACUCUCAGUUUUAUUCCUCCUAUGAGGGAAGCAACGCUCGCAGGAGACCCUCGCAGGAGCCCAUUGGACCACAACCCAAAAAGAUCAGGAAGGUGCCCCCUGGCCUGCCCUCCUCGGUUUAUGCAUCUGCCUCAGGAGAAGAUUUUAACAGGGAUAACGCUGGCUACCCGGUCUCCAAGGCAGGAAACGUCUUCACACCGUCAUUCUAUGUGCAAGAAGGCCUCCACCCGCCCUCUGAUCCAUGGGGCUCUGCCAGGUCGAUGGUUCAGCCUGGUUAUUCUGCCAUGCUGGGCAACUCCCCCCAUCUGAGCCAGCAUGCUCCCUUCACUGCGAUCAACCCCCAAGACAGACUGAAACGGCAGCCACUGCCCCUCUCCCCCCAGAACUACCCCAUGCACGGCAGUGAGGUGAACGGAACUCAUCCCUCCGGCUUCCACUCUGGCCCCAGCAGCUUCGGGGUGCCCAGCCACACACCCCCUAUGGCUGACCCUAUUAUGGCCAAUCGAGGAGCAGUACCGGGGAGUUCAGGUGAUGAGAUUGGAAAAGCCCUGGCAUCUAUCUAUCCCUCAGACCCACACAGUAACACCUUCCCUCCAUCUCCGUCUACUCCCUCCGGCUCUCCCCAGGCGGUUUCAGGCUCUGCAUCACAGUGGACUCGAUCCUCUGGCCAGGCCACGCCUUCACCAAACUUUGAGGGUGGAAUUCAAUCCAUGCCUAGUAAAAUGGAGGACCGUCUGGACGAAGCCAUCAAUGUUCUACAGCGUCAUGCCAGCGGGCAAGGAGUGCCAGGCCUGGCUGAGAUGCACAAUCUGCUCUCGUCUGGCUUAGGGUUACCUCCAGCUUUCACCAGUGCAGCACUUGGAUUGGCCAGUCGCCUGCCCGGACUGAUGUCUGGUCACCACGAGGAGUCUGCUGGUCUGCCCUCUAGUGGGGGACUUAUGCAUGGUCACCAUGGCCCCAACUCUGUCCAACCAGGCUCUCAGCCUGAAGGUUUUACAGGCCUGUCUGGUAGCCUGAAGCGCUCCAGUGGUUCUGAUAUCAAACGAGAGGACAAGGAGGACGAUGAAAACUGCUCCAUCACCGACAGGUCAGAGGAUGAGAAAAAAGACAUGAAGGCCCGACUUGGAACAAGUCUGGAUGAUGAGGAGGACGAUGAAGAUCUACCAGUGGAGGUUAAGGCUGAGCGGGAGAAAGUGAGGAGGAUGGCAAACAACACCCGUGAACGACUACGUGUGCGGGACAUCAACGAGGCUUUUAAGGAGCUGGGCCGCAUGUGUCAGCUCCAUCUGAGCCACGAGAAACCGCAGACCAAAUUGAUCGUACUGCAACAGGCCGUUAACGUUAUACUCAACCUGGAGCAGCAAGUCCGAGAGCGUAAUUUAAACCCAAAGGCCGCCUGCCUCAAGAGGAGAGAGGAGGAAAAGGUUUCAGGCGUUGACCCUCAGAUGCAGCUCGGUGGGGGUCACCCUGGUCUUGGAGAUGGACAUAUGUGAUUCUCAGUUCCUGUUGAUUGUACAGCCCUUAGAACACGUGGCCUUAAUCUAUCAUUGUCAUGCAUCUCAGUGUGUGUUAAUCAACUUUUGGAAAGCACACACGCACACACCUCAUUACUGACAAAGCAGGUGGCCACAUUCCUGACUAUGAAUACAAAAGUAACAAGCACACUCUUAACAGGAAGAGGGAAAAUGUAUUAAUCUUAACAAGACAACACUUUGAACCGAGGACACCGGUUUGGAGACAGUGGAAAUUGGACAUAAGGACAUUCUUAUGAUCAUGUUUUUGUAAGACAUUUUGAAAAAUUGCUUUACAUGUUGGGAGCAAAACUUGUUUGGAUCAAAUGAAACGUUUUGGAUCAACUGCUUGUGUAAGCAGAGUUAGGAUUUGUAUCGUUGGAUGAUUAUUGGCAUUCCCAUCUGAAAAGCAGGUCUUACAUUCUUCACAGGCAAAGAGGGACACCCGGGUUUAUAUAUUAUGAUUAAACAAAACCUGUUCAAACAUGUGCCCAAAGGAGUCCUAAUGCAUAGUGUUUCAUCAAGAUAAAAUAUCCAUCGUUAUUAUCUUCUUACGUAAUGACUGAAUUGCAGAGGUAGGUUGGGAAACAUAAGAGCGCCGACCUCUUUCUUUGUGGUAUUUUCUUUUCUUUUAUUUCUUGGUUUGGCUGAAAAGGAGCCACAGUCACCGACUUGGCGUCGGCUUAUUUUUGGUUCGUUUAUAACUGAGGGGACUGCUGGAGAGAGACCCUCCACUCACGCAUACAAGCAAAGACUCGACCCGAAUCCAAGAACCACAGCGACGUAGAAUCCGACGUGCAUGUGAGGACAGGUUGGACUCGAGCGCAUGGAUGUCGUUGUCACUGCCCAGCAUCACGAAGCCGCUCGCUCUCAGCCACGUGGUCAGACUGUGUCGCUUCAUACCUAAAGACUCUGUUACAGUACGGUGAACUUAAUAAACUAAAGUCUCCGUGCGAUUUGUAUUACGGCAAAUCCCCUUUUGCUAGAAGACAGAAAUAAUUGAGCAUCAAAAGGGAUCACGAGUGUUCCUGCUUCCCCGUAGAGAAUUCACUCACCAUUGACGGACUUGUUUUGGUUGUUGCUGUGUUGAGCAUUUGGUGUUUUGUUUUCCCCCCCUUUUUGAACAACUGCAAAGCCGGAUUUAAGGCUCUUCCUUUUGUAGAAUUGAUUUAUCAUUGUUUUUUUAUUGUCUUUUUUUUUUACUUUGUAAGAUAGUUGUAUGAGUUUUGUUUUUAUCAUUUGGAAUGCUCUUUCUUUUUUUGUUUACAUUGUUUAAAUGUAAGAUGUAAGACAACUCUCAAUUUAGAUUCCAGGAACAAAGUGAGGUGUUUUCUUUUGUGCCAGGUGCUUAGAAAUGUUAGAAAUGACAAACUUAUCUGGCUGUAACAUCACAUGUUGUGAUAUUGCUCUUUUUCUUUAUUGCAUGUUUGAAAACAAACAAACCUGUCAUGCCAGUUGUAAUUGGAUUGUUCUGGUGUUUGCAACAGUUCUUCUUAAAUGAAACACAAUAUUUUUCUUCAGCACCCCCCCUCCCAGUCCCCCUCUGCCCUCCUUGGAUGUGCAGCUCUCUGAGGAGCUUGUGGAUGAGUUCGAGGAAGGGGCAGAGUGGGAGGUCUGCACAAUCUGCAACACAAUUCACUGUUUCAUUAUGAAAUGAAGCAUAAAAUGAAUCAAAAAGGGUGGCCUUAGUCAUUUUCCUGACUUUGGGAGUUUUGAUAAUGGUUACUCACCAGUGCCUGAAUAAUUCUCUGCUACAUGGUGGACGAUGUUGCAUUUGAUGAUUUAUAUAGGUUGUACCUUUUUAUAAUACAGAUGUAUAAAACGUAUAUACUUCAGUAACAUCUGACAGUGUCUCAGAACAUCUAUAUGAAGAAUCACACUGCUUCAGUGUCUGUGUCAUUAAAUGUAAGAUGACUAAUAACCCGGUCUUCAACUUUGACGCUGAAAACUACUUAAUAUGUUUCAUCUUUUAUGUACUGAUUUUGUUAAGUAUAAUUUUGUCCUUGACUGGCAUGUGCAUUGAUAUGUAUGUACAGCUGUGAUAUAUCGGCUUUAUCAUUAUAAGCUGGUACUGAUCUGUAACAGUAUUUGGUUUUCUACCUGUCAUUCUAUCCCAAAUCUUUCCCCACGGAAAUGCCCCAAACAUUAUUUUCUUUGUCAAUCCCACUCUAACCUUUCUGCAGAAAAAAUGUGGUGUUGUUGUGAUAUGAAAAAUCUCUACUAAAGACUUUCUUUACAUGAAAGACACGUCUGCAGUAUCCAAGGAUCAAAAAUGCACCUGAAAUUCUUUGUUAACCGCCCUUUUGCCCUCUACAACAGAUGACCUGCUACAAAUCUCUCUGUCUUCACUCAUGUUUGGGGACAACAUCUAUGUAGGCUAUGUCCUCAAAGUGCCUCCAGUUUCCUAUUUUUUAUAUAUAAAGUAGAUAUAGAGAACUGUUGUGUAUAUAACAGUAAUGUAGCAAUAAAUGUGCCAUUUUUAAUAACAAACA